AUGAGCGCGCUCACUGUCCAGCUGAGCGGGCAGGAACCGCACCGUAAUAACUGCUAUAUCCCGUUCCAGGCACUGGGGCUGCCAACUCCAACUCGGCUCCCGGAGUUGAUCCCCCCUCCUCCGACUUCCCAUAGUCCUCUCAGCUACCAACCAACCCAGAGCCGGGAGAACUGGACUGCGCGCCCCAGCCCGCAGGAUGACAUAAAGAAAAGGGGUGGGGAGGAGGAAGAAGGGGCCGAGCCAAAGGAAUCCGCUCCCUCCACAAGCGAGUCCCCGCCUCCCGACAGGAUCUUGGAGGCGGCCGGCGACCGCCCGAACAGGCACCACGUCACGGCAUCCCGACGCGUCCCCGCCAGCGCACCCCACCGCGGGGACGCAGCGGACUGGAAAUCCAGGCGGCCGCAGCGGGAGCCCGCGCCGGGAGCCGGGAGCCCGCGUAAUCCUCCCCCCACUCAAGUGUCAAGGAGGCAAGCCCGCCCCGCCCCCUCCCCAAACACGCACUCUCUCACAGCACCACAACAAGAGCAGCCCGCCCACCCUCCUCUCCGGUGCCGCGCAGCGCCAACCCCAAUGUCAAGCCCACUGCCCAAGCCCUGCAGGGCCAGUAGCCGGUGUCAGGGGCCACGGUCGGCAUCAGCGCCUCGCUCCCUCCUCAGCGGAGAGGACAACGGAGAGCGAGUAGGCGCGCGGACAGCCAGGCGGACGACCGAGACUCACCGGGAGGCUCCCAGAGCUGGACCCCCAGGAUCCCAGCACCAGGCCUGCCAGAGUCCCCCUCAACCCACCUCAGGGAGCCCCACGAUCCCGUUAGGAGACAACGGAGGAUGGGGCUGGGCUCCCCAAACCGGGGACCAAAUGCUUGGCCCGGCGCUCCUCCAGCCCGGCUAA